CUGAUCACAACUAUAUAUCGGAUUCAUAUUCCACUCACCAAGCCUUGCCUAGCUUAAUUUUUGAAUCUCGUUUUCGUGGGAUUUUCUCCAUCCUAAUUAUAAAGAAAGAAUCCAUGUCCAUGGACAAGCUCGACAACCGCUACGAUGCACCACGGCCGGAAUCUUAUGCAUGGAAAGCGUAUGGACUACUGGCCGGCUACCGGACUGCUGAUCAGGGAAUGACGGACAUCGCAUCAAGCUCCGGGAGUUCGCCAUUUCCGGGCACUUUAGACGAUAUGUCACUGCUGGAAAGUGGACUAUACGGGAAUAAAUACGGUGACAUGGUCGAUGAUUACUACAGAUUUGAAGCAGAGGCUGGAAAAUCAGUUGAUCCAAGAUUGUUAUCGUUGUUAGAGUUCUUCAGGGAGCUCUAUGUUCGGAGACAGGAGCUGUUCAAGAAGAUCUUUCCGGGGCUUCACGAUGAGUUUGUGGAGUUGUCUAAGAAAAUUCGUGGGGUAGUUGUAGCCCAAGUUGAAGGGAGAGGAACCAGGAGGCCGGUUGCAACCUUGCAGAGGAGUUUGAGUGUUGGCUCGCCACGAACACCGUCCAACAAAGCAGGGGAAUUGCCGUUGAGGCUCGAACGCUUCAAGGUACGCGAACUGACUCUGGAGGGCGAUGUUCCAGUACAAGGUGCUCCUCAAGGCGGUAAUGGCAGCGGCGGUGGUCAGGGCGGCGCCUCAAAAUGAAAGCAUAUAGGAAUAAUGAAAGAUGUGGAAGGCUUGGAAAUGGUCAGCGCCGCCUUCACAUGUAUAUUAGCGAAUUAAUUUGUCAAAAUUAUUCGUUUUGUUA